AUGGUGAGGUGUCCUAUUUUUUUCAGGAAUUGGGACCCAGGGGGACAGUCACCGUUUUGAAACAUGUACACAAUGAGGAAGGCGAAAUAUCCUCAAGGCUGGAACAUAGUUUUAAGAAACCAUUAUUCACACUGUCAAUAGUUUAUUAUUAUUUUUACCUAGGUUUCAGUAAAUAACUAAUUAGAUAUUGUGGAUGCAUAGUCUACCCUAAAUGUUAAAUACCCAAUCUGUAAUUUCAAUAGCCUGACCCUACCAUUUUGUUAGGUAGAACAUAGGCUAAAUAACGAAUGGAGUAAUGCGACCUUAGAUGUUGGUUCUUCAACAAUCAAUGGGUACCCUGGAACAUUGCACAUUAUUAUUUAUGGUUCUUGCAUAUUUGAUUUCCACAUAGGCAACUACAACCAAUCACAAACCCUUUUAUAAACUGAUGACAGCGUUUUCAUAAAAUUCAUUUUUUUAAAUAAUAAUUUUAAUCUGAUUUUUCAUCUGGUUUAGGUAGUUAAAAGACAUUAGGGCUAUCAGUUAUGCUAACACACAUAAAAUGAAUGAAAUGGCACAGCUCCUUCAGUUAUCCAAAUUACACUUAUAUUUCUGUUGAAUUUGGUGUACGUAGGCAACAUUGUUGUUCAAAAUGAUAAAGCAUAUGUCCCCGCACUGCGUGUUUAUUCCGGCCCAGUGCUCUCCUGCCUGCAGAUCAAAGCGUCCGUCUGUGACUCUUCGCAGGACCCGUCCGCUAUACCCAUAAUUCCCCGCGCUGAGACAAAAUGAAGGAAUACAGCCGCUGUGGGAGAACAAUAUUUGGGCUCUAAAGAUUGAAACGGACGACCAAACGUGAAAUAAACCAGCCGAAAGAGCUAUUGGUGGUCAUGCACUGGUAAGAUAAAAGGAAAUAUACAUUUUGGGAGAGUUUAAAUAUGUGAAACUCCGGCAAGAGUGUGGAACAGACAACAAAGCGCAACGCUAGCUAGCAUACCGUUGUUGGAGCCGAGCAUCAAUUGUUCGCUUGAGUUACAUGGGCCAUUUGUUAUGGGUACGUCGCACAUUAUGCUCAGUUAUGUUUUCGUUCAGUCCUCACCCAAUGUAUGUUAGAGGUUCAAGUAGUAUAUAUUAACCUCAUCAACUGUUUUAAUUAGUUAGCCAGGUAUUAUGUAUUUCAUAACCGAAAAAUUAAAAUGAAGUGCUCGAAAUAUGUUGACGAAUGACGACACACGGUGUUGUCUGAAAUCGCUUGCGCGUGCAAAGGCCGACUCGCAUAUUUGUCAAUCAAAAUUAUUUUAGAAUUAAUUCCAUAACUUGGAAUCGAUGUAGCAUUACGUCAGGCGAGAACGUCAGAUCCUCACAUGUUUGGUGUAAUGUUAAAUUCAGUGUAUGGUCUAAUUUAUUUUACCGAGUAUUACUGUUAUGCUGAUGGCCAUAUUAGCUAAUAAUUGCAUGAUCCUGCAUCACAAAGGGCCUGGCAGGCUGGUUAGCCAAAUGGCUAAUUGCUUGGUGGCUAGCCAGACGUUAGCAGUAGUUAGCUAGAUAGCGGUCUUUCUAGCCCCAGUGAGUGACACUCGAUGAAUAAAUCACAGCUUAGCGCUGGGAACCGAUUUGUCGCGCAUUUCAUUAGUUUUGAACACUGAAGACAUUUUAACUUUCAACUAACGCUUGCUUACAAUACGUACCAUUAUGCUAUAGUAUGUUCCCUCUGCAUCUGUUAGCUAGCUGUUAGCUUUAUUUGAUAUCAGCAUGCUAGCAAGUUGCAUCCAAUGCAAUGGAUGCAUAGGUAACAUGCUAGCUAGCAAUGCUGGUGGAGACAAUGAAGUUCAGAGACACGAUUAAGUUAUUUGUGAUAAAUGUGAAGCUAUUCAAAUUAACGGUGUUUUGUGAAUGAAAACACACUAUUGAAAAGCCAUUCAACUGAAUAAAAGAAAUUGGCUAGGUAAUGGUAGUCUGGACAAUGUUACAAUUAUGAAAUAUUUAUUUAUAGCUAUUUCACCCGAGUUAGGCUACAUCAGUGCCUCUGAUGUUUUCCUCAAGGUGUGAUGCACUGGUUUUUGGAUGCUGUUGUUCCUCUCAUUCCAAAAACUCCAUUUUGCAUUUUGGAAUCCUCUGUUAUUCCUCGUGGCAUUAUAAAGUAGCACAGCAGCCGAGACAUGACUAACCUCAGUCAUCUCAAAUUUCAUGGUAUGAUGGUAGCUAGCUAGCUUAGAAAAGUGUUAAUUUUGAAGUAUAUUACAGAGCCAACGUUUUGCAUUAUACCCAUGGUAUCAUUUUGCUUCUUGGUAGAGUAUUUCAGUGGCUAGUACAGGCUACUCGGUCUCUUAUCUUUGUUUAACGUUAGCCCUUGUUCAAUGGGUGUCCUAUGAUGAUGAUGACCCAUAGUCACAGAAUAAAAUGCUGAAAUUGACCUUCCCACUACCUGUAGAACCUAACUGGGCUCUCGCCUUUUUUUUAGUUGAUUAGCCUAGUCCUCAAAUAGGAUGACAGAUUAACACGCAGCUUCAGGUUCAUUCCGCUCUCUCCUCGUAGGAUGUCAGGGUUUAACAUAUUAUAGGCUAUACAUUUUGCCCAGGUUAAUUUAGCUGCAUCUGAGGUUGACUGAAGACUUUCUAAAAGUAGCCUUCUACAUCACCCUGUUGAUUUUAGGAUGCCAUAAUUCACACAAGUCAGACUCCGGACCGUAGCUGUGUUGUUGACCCACAAACCCUCAUUAUUAAUCCGGCUAAGCACUUCAUGGGGAGAUCAGAGGGCAUGCGACUGAUUCCUCAGGGACGGCCCAUCGUAACAAUGCCGCUCUUCCAGGCACUGUCUGUCUGGACAGAAUUUAUUUAAUGUUAAUUGGUGUCAGCAGCACAUGUAAACAAAAACAAACCAUCGUAGAUCACUGAUGGAAAGGCCACACAGAUGUUAAUGUUUCCUUCCCACUCAUCCAGGCAAGCUGCGUUGCGGCUUCACCCUGUGCUCCUCUCAACUGUGUCUAUGCGAUGUAUGCUAUCUGGGAAGAUAAACACAUUUGCUCCCGAGUGGUGCAGCGGUCUAAGGCACUGCAUCUCAGUGCUAGAGGUGUCACUACAGACCCUGGUUCGAUUCCAGGCUGUAUCGAUUGGGAGUCCCAUAGGGCGGCGCACAAUUGGCCCAGCGUCAUUGUAAAUAAGAACUUGUUCUUAACUGACUUGCCUAGUUAAAUAAAAGAGCAAAAGACACAUUUCCGUUCGCUGUAACAUAUGGACAAUAACGUUGUAUUGCAUUGUACUUCAGCUCCUGCUCUUUCUUUCCCAGGAUGGUUCCGGUUGGCUCCCUGUAGUUGAACCCGCCCACCACCACCAAGUUCAUCAUGAGCAUCAUUCAAGACAAACUAGGUAAUGACUUCCUGCGCUCCAAUGGGAGCAUGGACUCCAACUUCUCCCCUGGCAUGAUCAUGUUCAGUCACCUGCCCCCUGUGACCAGCUUCACCCGGCUGGCCGCCCAGUCCGUUAUGCAGGACCUGCCAGGCCCCCACGAGAUGAUCCUGAAGAAGGAGCGGGACUCUCCAGACUGCAGCAUGCCUGGGGUGGGCGGCCUGGGGGGGUAUGGAGGGGUGGGGGACUACGUUCAUGCCAUGGACAUCAAGCAGGAGAAGAUGACAGAACAUGACUACCGUCUGCCGCUGUACCCUGGAGGCCCGGGGAAGAGCACAGAGCACCUGGAGGUGUCCAUGGGCAACCACCAGAACCUGCUGGUGCAUGACCUUAGCCUAGGCAACGUAAGGCCUUCUGAUACAUUGAUACUUAUAGGGAUUGUUUCCCAUACACACAUUAAGCCUAGUCGUGGACUAAAAAGCAUUCUCCAUUGGAAGAGCUUUUCAGUCCAAGACUAAGCUUAAUCUGUGUCCGGGAAACCAGACCGUUAUGUUGUUCUUCACACCAGAGAAUUUAAGGCCAGGCACCACACCCUAAUAGGGAUUUUAAAAAAAUCAUAAUUGUAAUACAAUCAACUUUUACCAGUUGAAUGUAGACACAAAUGACUUUUUUGUAUUACACAUUUUCAGACAUUUAAUUCAAAUAUGAAAAUUGGGCAAUAGAUAAUUAAAUAUGCACAUGAUUGCAUAUCACGCAAAUCCAUUUAUCUGGACACUGGAUGAAGUCAGCCUAAAUAUUUUGGUUUCAUUUUAAGACACUCCAGGACCGGACUUGUCAAGAGCAGAUUGUGGGUAAAUACUUUUUUUCAUUUUUCUAUCUGUAAAAUACUAAAGAAAUAGAUAUAUGUAAAAAGUAUUUUUGGCACAUUUUUCCAAACUAGAUCUUACCUAGAAGAAAAAAUAGACAAGAUGUCAACAAUUUCCUCUGGGAAAGUCUGGCGAAUGUUUCUAAGCAUAACCAUACAGAAUUUGGUGAAGGCAGAUGCUUCUGAAGCUGAGGAAAAUGUGUUGGCUAGUGGGAAGAGUCUGACUUUCGGUGAAUGGUAGUUAGACAAGUACAGUGAAAUUAGGCUACCAAAUGCCUAUUUAGACCCAAUCACCAUCUCUUCAAGUAAGUUACUAAAUAGUCCAGUUUGUAGUAUUCUCUAUGAAAUAGGCUUUUAAAUUGUGCAAUUCAAUGUAGUGAACUUUGAAAUGAUUGAUGUGCAUUUUAAAGUGGUUAAAAUGAAUGAAAAUGUUGAUGACUAGUAUGAUAAACUAAAGAAAAUAUACAUGUUCAUCUAGUUCUUGACAUUUUUAUGUAGAUUUCUGGGAAAUACUAAUAUUAAUGGACCAAAAUACCAGCAAAUCUCAAAAUGGAUAGGUAAAUGUUCUCCUGAGUGGCGCAGUGGUCUAAGGCACUGCAUCGCAGUGCUAACUGUGCCACUAUAGAUCCUGGUUCGAAUCCAGGCGCUGUCGCAGCCGGCCGCGACCGGGAGACUCAUGGGCGGCGCACAAUUGGCCCAGCGUCGUCCAGGGUAGGUGAGGGAAUGGCCGGCAGGGAUGUAGCUCAGUUGAUAGAGCAUGGCGUUUGCAACGCCAGGGUUGUGGGUUCGAUUCCCACGGGGGGCCAGUAUAAACAUUUUUUAUUCACUAACUAAGUCGCUCUGGAUAAGAGCGUCUGCUAAAUUACUUAAAUGUAAAUGCAAAAAUGUCAUUUCAGCCUAUGGUGCCUGGCCUUAACCCACACCAAAUCUCCCUCUUGUUAUGUAAAAAAAUAAUGAUAUUUAUAUUUACAAGGAGGAACAUGGGUAAACAAAGGUAAAUCUUCUCUAUUGAAAUGUCUAAUAAUAAAAAAAGUUUCUCCGGAGGUUUGGUUGAUCAGAUGUCCACCUGCCUUUUGGGGUGCGGGCUUGUAAAAUAGCCAAUCUCACCAAAGACUGAUGGAUAUGGGGGGGGUGUAGAGAAGGAGGAUUUAGUAAUGGUGACCUAAAUCUAGGGCAUCAGAUGCAGAAUAUGUCCCUCCCAAAAUGAUUGUCAUUGGCCCUCUCAGUAUGAAUGGAAACGUCUUGGCAAGGACACAGUCGUCUUGUUUGAGCUUGCACUCACACAUUGUCUUCUACACACACACGCUCUCUCUCUGCCUAACAAUAGCCAGGCUCCAGAGUUUACUAGGCAGCACUUGGCAUGCUCAUUGAAAAGCUAGACAUAAUUUCCUGCUCACUAAAUAUGGUUUAAUAGUUUAUCCAAGGACAUCUUAGAGAAUGCAUUACAUUAACUUUGAGAUGAUCAGCAGCAGGUAUGGCGGCAGACUACAGUAGUCAGAAAAACCUUUUGUGUAAGGAUUUUUUUGUUAUUAUCCAUACACAUUUAUGAUCAUAUUACUGAGGAGAAUGGAAGACAAACAUUUUUCUCCCCUCAAAAAGGUGAUUCCCUACUAAAGUUAUGAGUAGUUUCAUUUGGAGUGCAGUCAGGAUAAUGGCAUGCAUGUGAGCUUGCAGCCAUUUUGAGCCCACUGGGCCUGCGCUCGUUUGUUUGAGGAAAUGAGACAGGGGCUUGUUUUGGCUAGCCUCACCCCUGAUCUAAUACAACAAUUGGUUGAUAUAGGAAACAGGAUGCCAUUUCAGACAAAGCCAUGCUCUUAGUAUCCAUAUGGUGUUGGGAAGCUUCCGACUCCAGUAAUAAAGUAUAAUUGAAAUGGGGGGGGGGGGGGGGUAAUCAAUGAAUCCCAGUGCCCCUCCCCUUUCGUAAACCACAGACCCUUUUGUUUGAAGAUGGCUCUUCAUAGUGGGUGAACAACAUGCUGAUGAUUGAUGAGUCUGUAUUUAGACUUCAGCCGCUAGUUAAUCAACAGUAGGCCUUUUCUAUAGGAUAUUAAGUGUGUCUCAAAUGACACCCUAUUCCCUUUUAUAUAGGCCAUUUGGCAUGCAUCCUAAAUGAACAGCAGCUCUCCCUUUUGAAUGACAGCUUAACUGUGUCAGGAGAGAUGAACAGAGGGAGCCAUAAAUAUGUGGUUUAUUACUCUACCUUCUGGCACCUCACCAAGGCAGCCCUCUGCAAUGGCUCAAAUGAGCUUUCACUAGAUGCUGCAUGAGUCUGUGUUUUUGUGAGUGUGUUACUGAACUAGGCUCUUCACAUUCUCGCAAGUGCUCAUUUAUUUGUCUGUCUUCUCUCCUCCCUCUCUCGCUCUGCGCCUCCCUUUUGUCAUCCUCCCAGCUGCCGAGUCGGUUAGGAAAGGAGUCCUCAGGAAGGAGAGGUCGAAGGUCAAAUGGUGAGGAGGGCAAGCCCAGGAGAAAACGUGGAGAUCCUAAGGUGUGUGAACUGUCCUUUCUAUUCAAGUUGUAUGUGUUUGAUAUGCAUCCUAAGUUAUCUUGGUUUAGAUAAGAUGAAAUCACUGAAAUUUGCAUUAGAAUCAAUUGUAUGAAAAAUGUAUGCACUCACUAACUGUAAAUCGCUCUGGAUAAGAGCGUCUGCUAAAUGACUAAAAUGUAAAAGUUUCAUAGUUGAGCAUCCAUUACAUCUAAGUAUUUAUUUUCCUGAACUUAGUUUAUAUCUUCAAUGAAAUGAUCAUGCAUUAAAUGAAUGAGUGAAAUUGAAUUUGGUAGUUGAAUUGACCCCCUCUUCCUCCUUUUGUACAACAGCAAUCAAUGCUUGAUGCAGAUGGAGGCAGCCUGUGGCCCAACGGGAAGCUCCACAUCUGUGAGCACUGCAGCGCAUCCUUCAGGAGUUCCUACCACCUGCGCAGACAUGUCCUCAUCCACACAGGUACCCAGGCCCCUACUGACUGAUCAACUAUGCUCAUUUUUUAUCUGGUAUUUUUUUUUAUCUCUUGAGGAAAAUUUCACUUUCACUAAUGAAAGAAGUGCAGUAUUUGUGUUGAAUUGAAUAGACAGACAAGAUGUUUGUUAUGGGAGGUCCUUUUUCACACAUGUACCUAGGCCACUGAUAAAAAUGUCUGUUAAUUUCUAGCAUUCUGUAUGGUCUCGGUUAGUUUCUCACUAGAUUAUAAAACCAAAAAGAUCUCCAGAAAUGUUUGGAAUAGAUCUUGUGCGUUAGAAAAACUAGUUUUUCACAAAGUCACUGUAGGAAACGUUGAAAUUAAACCAGUGCAGUAUUACUUUUGAAUGGAGUAGGCAGACGCAGAGGAUUUAACUUAAAGUGGUGUUGCCUUAGGUGAAAGGCCGUUCAGGUGCAGCCAGUGUAACAUGAGUUUCAUCCAGAAGUACCUACUACAGCGGCACGAGAAGAUCCACAGCGGUGAGUGGAAUGUGUCAUCCCACACACACGUCAAGCACACUAAUGACGUGUGAACGACACACACAUUCAAGGACCUUUGUGCACCAAUAGUUGGAUGACACAAUGAGACAAAUCUUUAGAUUUUCUGUGAUGUUUCCCAUGACAGGAGAGAAGCCUUUUUGCUGUGACCAGUGUAACAUGCGCUUCAUUCAGAAAUACCACAUGGAGAGACACAAGAGGACCCACAGUGGAGAAAAGCCAUAUAGAUGUGAGACCUGCCAACAGGUUAGUGACCUCCUCAUGGAAACCCUACUGAAAUAUGAUGGUGUGUGUGUGUGUGUGUUGGGAGGACGGUGGUUAUGAUGUAUGUAUGCUUUUAACCUUUGAAAUUCUAUGUGGAAGCAGCAGCACUUUUGAAUGGCCAAGACAAAUUUCCCCUCAGGGACAAUAAAGUAAAUCCUAAUAUGCCCACUUCCAUUAUGGCAUGAGGCAUGACCUGACAAGUUAUUAUUUCUCAGGAUUUAUUAGUGUUAAAUGCAGUUUGAAUGAAAUGUCUAUCCCAUUCUGCGGUUUACAAUCUGUACCCUACUUGUGGUCUCCCUGCCCUGCAGUUUUUUUCCAGGACAGACCGAUUACUCAAGCACAAGCGAACCUGUGGAGAAGCCAUAAAGAAGGGUCUGGAGCCCGGGAUGUUGGACCUGGGCUGUGAGGACAUGGGGCAGGGCAGCUACGGAAUCACUCAGGGAAACGCUGGGGCCUCGGGCCGGAAGAGGGGCAAGUCUAAAAACUCUGGUGAGGGAGGGGAGCGCAAGAGGAAGAAAGCGGCGGGGCCGGCGGCAGCAGGAGGGCUGAGCGGAGCACACAUCCACGGGGCGCCGUCGGGAGGCUAUAGUCUCAAUGACUACAGCGUGGAGAAUCACACAGUCUCCUCGUCCACUCCGCCAGGGCCCAGUAUGCACCACGAGCAUCACGGCCGAGCCCCUAAGAUGGCCUUCAAGAAGGCCAACCGCAAGGCCCUGGACCAGGAGGGCUUGGGGCAGGCCAAGCAGAGCCCUAUGGAGCAGGGUGGGGGUGUGGGGAUGGUCGGGAUGGGCCUCAUGCAGGGCUCUGGGGCCAAAUCGGGCCCCACCAGCAGCAACUAUGACGACGCCAUGCAGUUCCUCAAGAAGAGACGCUACCUGAACACGACCAACAGUGCAGCAUCAGGGGCCGGGCUGGCAGGGGGCAGCACCAACGAUUAUGAGGUCAACGUUGGUCACCUGUCAUCCCAGCAGUCGGUUAUACAGGGGGUGGUCUCAGGCGUGAUGGACAGCGACACGCCCCUCAGUCUGCUAGACUCCUCCCCCAUGGGCGUGGACAAGCAGGACAGGUCAGGGAUCCCUGACGAGGUGCUGCAGAGCCUGCUGGACCACUACACCCAGAAACCAGACGGCUCGCACCACGACAUGCACUUUGACCUCAGUGACCAGCACGUGGCGCUGCACCCUGUUUCAGCAGACGGCUCUGACCUGAGCCACGAUGCAGACUCCCCCAGCCCGUCUGGAGACAAGACAGUCAUCAUGCACGAGUACUCCCGCUUCCUGCUGCAGGCCCUGGAGCGCACCAGCCACAACACAGGCUUCCCCUUGGGCCCCGGGCCCCCAGCUACAGGGCCCUUCACUGGCACCCACCAACGCAACCCGCUUUUUUCAGAUAAGCACGUGUACACUACGUCCCCUCUAGAGUGUGGCUUUGGCCAGCCUGUGGCCUCUCCCACCCUGCCCUCCUCUGUGCCAAAGUCUCACUUUGCAAUGCUGUCGGGCUCCUCUCCGCAGCACGGCUUCCACCUAAACAGCCUGGAGCCUGCCACCCACCAGCAGCUUACCCCUUCUCAGGAGCUCACUGACCAGAUGGAGAAGCAACACUCCUCUUCUUCCCCCUCCUCCUACCAGAUCAGCCCGUCUGACCUGGGCAGCCAGAAGGACUCGCAGGCCCUGACUUCUCUGGACCCCUCUAAGGGCUCCUACACGAUCGAGAACUUUGCCCAGGCCUUUGGAUCCCAGUUCAAGUCGGCUGGCCGCGGCCCCCUGUCGUACGGCACUGACUCUAGCGGGGAGGUGGACCACAGGAUAAGGACGCCACUCUCCGAAUUCUCAGGGUAUACUAGUUUGUUAGCCGACGUCAAUGAGGCAGUAAGUACAGGUUCCAAAACCCCAACAAGCCAAAGCUACAGAUAAGGACCUGGGAGGGGACAGCAUUCUGUUGGAGGUUCAUGUUUUGUCCUCAGUUUUUUUUAGUGCUCCUAUUUUAUUCUUAUUUUUAUUAAGUGAAUUUUUAAUAAUUAUUAUUAUUACACUGCCGCUAUGUUUAUGUGCCCCACCCCUCUCCCCAGGACUGGUCUUCAAGGCCUAUUCAAAUGCAAUUUUUUAAGAUAUAUUUUUUAAGCAAAUAUCUAUGUAUUUAGUCCGUUUCAUUUUUUUGGUGUCAUUUUUGGUCUGCUCGUUAAUCCUUAGAAUGAAAAGUACCUUUUUAAAGCAAACAACACAGAGUAGCAAUGAACUUGUUUUUUUUCUCCCAUGAGUUUAAGGGUUUUAGCAAUCAACCUUACAACUGUAGCUAGCAUAAUAAUGAGAAUAACAAUGAUGGCGGCAGGGAAUAGCCCAGAACUGAAAUAGCAAAAAAUUAAUAAUGAUAUUGUCUGUUACAAGGAUAAAAGUAUUACUCAGGAAAAAGUGUAGACGGAGGAAAUUGUGUAGUGCAAUGAACACUCAUUUUAGAGGUGUAAAUUUGCAACUACAAAGAGGAUGCUUUGUGUGGUUAUUUCUUGUGUUUUAUACCUUGGUUAAUGAGUGCAACAAAUAAUGGGGAGACUGCUGCCAGCUCACUUACACUGAGAACACUUUCCACUUAGGUAUAUAGAGAUUAUGGUACUUUCUUGUCAAUGUGAAACCCAUGUUUUCUUUCAAUAAGGGCCAUAUAUAUUUAUAACAAUAUAUAUACAUGUAUAAUAACAGCUAUAAUCAUUCUGGGGAACUGCCAGGUGAGGUAGAGGAAGUGUGAGGGG